AUGCAUUUCACUGAUGAGGAGGCCGCUGAUGUGAAGAAAUGGGUGGUUAAAAAACUAGAGGACAUCUCCGAUGCUGAUUCCGAUGUGCUCGCGGACUAUGUUUUGGCGCUAGUUAGGUCCGAUGCGCCUGCCGACGAAAUCAAGAAGGUCACAGUGGAAAACCUCGAGGAUUUCCUGCGCGAACAUACGCAACCAUUCGUCAACGAGCUCUUUACAACGUUUGGUCCCAAGCAACCCGCACCUCUUACACCCGCACCUGCACCCCAGCCUCAGCGCCAGCCCCAGCCCGCUGCCCACAUUCCCUCGUCACAACCUCCUGUGAAUGCCCCCAGCGGCCCGAGGGCUGCCGUUACUCCUGGCAGUGCCAACCGCAAACGAACUUUUAAUGAUGGAUUCCAAGGGGAGCCGGAUCAGGACGAUGGUGGGUUCCAGAAUCGCGCUAUGAAGACUGCACGGCGUGGGGGGCGAGGAGGCGGUCGAGGCGACUUUAUGGGUGGACAUCAAAUGCAGCAGGGUCAACAAUAUCCCCCACAGCAACAGGGUCAACUGUUCCCUCCGCAGCAGGCUGGUGGCUUCCCCAUAAUGCCCGGUUUCCCACCCUUCGACCCAAACGAUCCUAUGGCAGCAAUGAUGGCUAUGCAGGGUAUGCAAGGUAUGGGAUUCCCGCAGAUGCCGGGUAUGCCCAUGCCCGGGAUGCCUGGUCCUCCUGGCCAGCCAGGAGCCGACCAGAUUCCACAAAGCAACCAGCGAUGCCCAUUCUAUGAUACCCAAGGUAUAUGUUACCUAGGAAAUACUUGCCCUUACCAGCACGGCGAGGGAGGUGUCUCCAAAGACGAUGAAUAUGACCCCAAGACUGCAGGUAUGCAUGCUCGGGGCGGUGCUCCCAUGCGCGGUGACCGUGGUCGCGGCCGUGGUCGCGGCGGAUUCAGCGGACGAGGACGCGGCCGGUCCGAUUUCUCAUCGGCAGGACCUAAUGAGGACCAGUCUAUUACGACGAUCGUUGUUGAGCAGAUUCCCGAUGACAAGUUCAAUGAGGAUUCUGUGCGCGAGUUCUUCUCUGAGUUCGGUAACAUUACAGAGGUCUCUUUGCAGCCCUACAAAAAGAUUGCUUUGGUUAAAUACGAGACUUUCCCUGAAGCCAAGGCGGCGUGGUCCAGUCCCAAAGUCAUCUUUGACAACCGUUUCGUGAAGGUUUACUGGUACAAACCGAAUCGCGAUGAGAAGCAAGACAGCGCACAGCCUGAAGCCCCAGCCUUCAACCAAGAAGAGUUCGAGAAGCAACAACAAGAAGCACAGAGGGCGCAUGAGGAGAAGAUGAAAAAGCGACAGGAGACCGAAGCAGCCAAGCAGGCUCUAGAGCGCCAGCGCGAUGAGCUUAUCAAGAAACAGCAGGAGGAGCGGGCCCGUCUCAUGCAGCGACUUGGCGGCACAACAGACACAAGCGAUGCUGCCGGUGCUGGGGACGCCAUGGCCACCGAGCCUGCCGCCGAUGAGAAUAUCAGUGAUGAAACGAAAAAGCUGCGAGCUCAACUGGCUGCCCUCGAGGCCGAGGCAAAGAGUCUUGGCCUCGACCCUGCCGCCGACCCUUCAGGACGGGGUGGAUACCGGGGCCGUGGUGGCUUCCGCGGCCGAGGCACAUACCGUGGACGCGGCGGUUACGAUCCUAACUACCGUGGAGGAUAUCGCGGGCGCGGUGGGUUUGCGGCUCGCGGACGAGGAGGUGUGCUGCGUCUGGAUAACCGGCCUCGACGAGUCGCCGUAUCGGGCGUUGCGCUAAACUCAGACAAGGACGAAGCAUUGCGUCAGCAUCUGAUGGGUGUUGGCGAAUACGAAUCCAUUGAGGCACACCCAGACCAACCCAACACCGUCGUGGUGGCAUUCAAAGAGCGCUUCCAGGCCGAGAAGCUCAUGUUCUCCCCCUGGAACAUCCCCUCCGUUGGCGAGGUUCAGCUCACCUGGGUGGCCAAUCCGCCAAUUGCACCUCCUAGCGCUGGGUCAUCAACGGAAUUCAAGGGUGGCAUUGGACAGGACGAACCGGAAGACACAGUCAUGUCGUCCACGUCGGUGGCCAACACCGCUCCAGCGCGGGAUAUGGACUAUGACGUUGCGGAGGAUGACAGCUGGGGCGCGUAA